CUUUUUUGAAACUUAAUUUUCAGUGCUAAUUUUCCUCAGGUCUGCAAUGUUCUACUUUAUCUUGUUGCUUAUUUUGUUUGCUUUUAUUUGCAUUCCGUUGAUCUUUUGGUUUCCACCUUGUAAAAAGAUUCCCAGCCUUUCAAAACUGCACAUCGUUAUAACUGGAGGAUCCAGUGGUAUUGGUAAAUCACUGGCCAUUGAAGCUGUCAAAAGACACGCUAAUGUCUCAUUACUUGCUAGAAAUAAGACAAAGUUAGAAAAUGCAAAAAAAGAAGUUGAAAAGUUUCGGUCAUUUGAAGAGCAAGAGAUAAACAUAUUUUGUGCUGAUGUCACAGAUUACAGUCAACUUACAGAAGUCCUAUCACAGGUUAAGUCUGUUGAUAUUCUUAUCAACUGUGCUGGUAUGGCAAAAACUGGCCUAUUUGAAGAUAACCAUUCAUCCUUUAAGCAACUCAUGGAUUUAAAUUACUUUGGUUCCGUAAAUGCAACUUUCUCUAUCUUGCCGAAAAUGAAGACACAACGGUUUGGUCAUGUUGUGUUUAUUUCUUCGAUGGCUGGGCAGCUAGGAAUAUUUGGCUACACAGGUUAUUCUGCUUCGAAGUUUGCCUUGCGCGGUCUGGCAGAGUCGCUUCUUAUGGAGGUUCGACCUCAUGGUAUUGGGGUUUCCAUUGCCUUUCCUCCUGAUACGGACACACCAGGCUUUGAAGAGGAAAAUAAAGAUAAGCCAGAAGAAACUCAGUUGAUAAGUGCCUCAGCUGGGGUAUUUUCUCCUUCAUUGGUUGCUAAAGAUAUCCUCAAUGGCGUUCAGAGCGGGAAAUUCUUGAUUGCAAGCGGGAUGGAUGGGCAUUUUUUAAACAUGUUAACUUGUGGAGCGAGUCCGGCGUCAUCUCGGCUGGAACUCAUCAUUCAGGCGUUUAUGAUGGGUAUUAUUCGUCUGGUUAUGACUGUGUAUAGUUUUAAUCAUCAUAAAAUUGCUGAACACGGUGAAAAGAAACGCAGAGAAACGAUAUCAGGCGAAGACAAACAAAAAAUGAGCUGAUAUUUAUUCCAACCAUGACUAAAUUACCAAGUUCUAUCAUGGGUUAUAGAACAAUUAGAAUAGUUAAUUUUUAAUGAAGAUUAUCAAGAUUUAUGUACAGUACCACUACGGAAAAUGAAAAUGAAGCAAUUCUGAAUCAAUUCAUU